AUGCAAAUUUCUACAAUAUUCAAGGACAAGAGAAAGGUAACCUCUCGAAAUUACAAUGUAUAAUAUGUACAAGUCUAUGCUUGGUAAAAAUUGUACUUGUCCUUGUCUAUGUAACGUAACAGCUGACCUCUUGAUGUAUGGGUUUUUCGAUAACAAAAGAUUCACUACAAACUUCAACGACAGCACUAGAAAUUAAGGACAAAGUUGAAUAGAUUAUUGGAAGGUUUACUUACACUUUCAAGUCAUUGUAAAUAACUUUUACACUAGUUUAGAGAGAGCAUGACGUUCGAAAAAUUCGAAAAUUUAAAAAAACGUUUUUCGAAAAUUGGGGUUUUUCAAAAUUAAAUUUACCCUUGAGACCCCCCCCCCCCCAAAAAAAUUUUUUUAAAAUUUUCACUAACUAUUACAAAAUGAAAAAAAAAAUGAAAAAACAAGCCCGAAUGUCAAUGAAAUGCCGGUCAAUCGUUUCCCCGGGAGCAAUUUCAAGAAAAAUUUGACGUUUUUGCCGCGUGUUUGAGAGAUUUUUUAUUUGUUUAGCAACUGGAGAAAGGGAGAGCCCAAAUGAAAAAUAAAAAAUAGCAAGAGAACGGCAGAUUAGUGGAUCUUAAACCCAUUCCCAGGGCUUGAAAAUAGCACCUGUCCAGACUUGGACAUAAAUUAUAUUACACUUUAUAUUAAUGAAGAGAGUUCAAAAUCAGGGUGAAUGAAUGGUAAUUUUUAAAAAUUCUUGUUUUCAACCUAUAAUUAUGACGUUUUAUAACGAAUUCAAGCAAGACAUGUGUUUAUUUCCACGAUUUUUUCGGAGUUUCGCUUGAUAUUAUAGUAGAUGAAAUUGGUAAAAAAUGGCGUUUGUUUUAAAAUCGAUAGAUUCAAAUGGUGCUCAAAUGCAUUUUUGGAUUUCCAGUUACCAGUAUUUUUCCAUUUUGCCCUUAAAAAUUUGAAAUUUCCCAUCCCACUAACCCCCAUCCUGGGUCCCGCCACGAAAACAAGAGGUGGUCAAAAAGACCAGAAACCAGUGGUGAGAGAAUAAAAAUAAAUUUUUCGGCUCGCCGAGGAAAGUAAAAUAGUAGAAACUCGGGAAUUUUACUAUUAAUUUCCGAAGAUGAGUGCCGCCCCCAUCCAGGAGAUUUGGCUGGUCUCGGCGCCCGGCGAGAAAACCCCGCAGGAGACCUGGGACCGGCUCCAAGCCACCACCAAUGCCAUCAGCACCAACUACAAGUUCAAUGUGCCCGACUUGAAGGUGGGAACAUUGGAUCAACUGGUCGGAUUGAGCGAUGACUUGGCUAAAUUGGAUGCCGCCGCCGAACAGUAAGUAUUUAGUUUCAUAUUGAAUGUUUUGGCGUUUAGAACGACUCGAAAGUUGGUCCAAUACUUUGCUGAGGUCUUGGAAGAGGAGAGAGAUAAGUUGGUCGACAAUUUGGUCAUUGGGAAUAGUAAGUUUUUAGAAGGACCAAGAGAUGGUUUCAUGGGCAAUAUAAAUUGAUAAUUUUUUGUUCGCAAGCUCGAAAUUUGAAAGUUUUCAGUUUAGAAAUGCAGUAACAACUCUCUAUGCACCUUUUGCAAAGCUUUUCUUUUAGAAAUUUGCGGUUUGUUUUCUUUUUUAUUCAAAAAAUAUUAUCCAUGAUGUAUAACAUAAAAAAAUUGCUCAAAGCAGACUCUUUUUGUUAUCUACUGGAUCUUUUCGUUUAUGUUGGAUGGCUUAUAUUCUUAUUUAUAUAUUUUCAGAGGAUAUGCACACCUACCUCACCAGAUUCCAAUGGGAGGGCGCAAAGUAUCCACUGAAGCAAUCGUUGAAGGUUUUGAGUGAAAUAAUUGGUAAAGUAAGUUGGCUUGGUCGUUUUGUUCUCUUUUUAUGACAUCUGAGUGAUCGAAAAAGAUUCUGGUAUUGUAAAAUACGUUAUAGUUUACUAAUUUUUUAUUUUUAGCAAAUUACUCAAAUUGACAACGAUUUGAAGACCAAAGCUUUGAAUUACAACAACUUGAAGAACACUUUGGCUUCUUUGGACCGUAAGGCGACUGGAUCUUUGAUUACCAAGGAUUUGGCUGAUAUUGUGAAGGCUGAUGACUUUGUUCAGAACUCGGAAUACCUUCAAACUGUUGUUGUAGUGGUGCCAAAGUAAGUGUUUUUAUUUUGUUUUUGGUCUUUAGAGAGCCGGUAUGACCACUAGAUGGACGCGAAAGAGGUUUUGAGGAAUUGAAUUUGCUUUUUAGGCUUCAAACUAAAGAAUGGGAAGCAAGUUACUGGUCCUUCUCGGAAUAUGUGGUCCCAGGCUCGGCGAAGAAAAUCACCGAAGACGCGGAGCAUUCCUUAUACACUGUCACGCUCUUCAAGAAGAUUAUCGAUGAGUACAAGGGAAAAUGUCGAGAGAAGAAGUUAGUUUUGGCAGAUUUUUAUAUUAUACUAGACAUGCUUGAAGAAGUAUCCCAAUUUUUUUCUAGAUUCAUUGUUCGCGACUUCGUAUAUGACGAGCAAACCUUAAAGGCCAGUAAGAUGGAUCGAGACAAGUUGGUCCAAGAGAAACAACGUCAGUAUGCACCAUUGGUUCGCUGGCUCAAGAUCAAUUUUGGUGAAAUUUUCUCGGCUUAUAUUCAUGUCAAAGCCCUAAGGGUGUUUGUCGAAUCCGUCCUUCGAUUUGGGCUUCCGGUCAAUUUCCAAGCCGCCGUAAUGGAACCGCAAAAGGGAACGCAAAAGAAGUUGCGAUCAGAGUUGAACAAAUUGUAUCAACAUUUGGAUGGGUCGGCGGCUGGUCCUAUUGAUGUAAGUGGAUAAUUUGUUGGGAUAGAGUGGAUGAUUAGUGGUAUAAGGGUGAUAGAAAGUAGAUCAUGGCAAUUGGCCAGGGUUUAGUGCGGGAAAAAUCAAAAUUCUUGCUGAAAAAUUAGAUUUUGUUACCUAAAAUAUAAUUUUUAGCAUUUUUUAAUAAAAUAGAAGGGAUGAGAUGUGUUAUUAGGGCUUGUCAAUGCAGAAUCAAUCUAAUUUAGCAAUAUUUAAAUAGAUUUUUGACAAUUUUUUUUUAGGUAGGUUUAGAAUAAAAAUUAUUUUUGUCAAGAUGAAGGGUGUUAUAAUAGGUUUUCGGGUCAUAAUUGAGCCAUUAAUGCAUGUAAAAAUUGAAAUUUUGCCCGAACUUAUCUAAAAAUCCCAUUUUCAGACCUUUGACGACGCCCCAACCCUAGUCUCGCUGGGCGUCCACGACUACUAUCCCUAUGUUUUCUUCAAGCUAAACAUUGACUUUAUCGACAAACGAUAA